CACAAUGUGGAAGAAGAAAUUAUAUGUAAAUAUUUAGUAGGAUGCGAUGGCACUCAUUCUGCCGUCAGAAAAGGAAUAAAGGAUUGGACUUAUGAAGGUCAGGCGUUGAAAUCUUCCUGGGCUGUAGCCGACGUAGAAGUUGAUCAUGAAUUGCUUAAAUACGACCAUGCAACCUUUUUCAUAAUUAAUGAUGGACCUAUUGCGUUAUUCCCAUUGGAUGCUAGAAAAAAUACUUACCGUGUCGUUGCCAAAGUUUCUGACGAGGAGGAUAAACAUGAAACUAAUGAUCACGUUACAAAUGGUCUCACAAAUGAAACGCAUAUUACGCUGGAAGAAAUGCAGAAACUGUUUGAUGAGAAAAUUGCCCCGAUUAAAAUGGAACUAAAGAAUCCAGUAUGGAUUUCCAAUUUCAAGAUUAACGAAAGAAUUGCAAAUAGAUAUAGAACAGGAAAUGUGUUCGUCGCUGGAGAUGCUGCUCACUGUCAUUCGCCAGUUGGUGGUCGAGGCAUGAAUUUAGGAAUUCAAGACGCUCAUAACUUGGCAUUCAAAUUGGCUCUAGUUAUUAGAGGUCAGACGGCUGACGCUAAUAAAUUUCUUGAUAGUUAUGAAAAAGAACGGUACCCCGUUGGUAAAAGUGUUGUUGAAG